ACUUGUUGCAAACUUCGGCCCGGAGAAAGAGGAGCCAUCAUUGUUGUCGGUUUGCUUGCGCUUGCUACGUACGCCGAAAAGUACCGCUGCUCGGAAGAAGUGCCAUCAAUUCAAUAAAUUGCAUUUUUGUCCGGAAAGUGGUUCUGAACCGGUGUGCAUUUUGAUUGGAAGUGAAGACGAAAGUGCAGUGUCCCGUGAGAAUGUUUUCUACUUGUGCAAGUUGUUAAAAAAAUCACGGAAUUUUGGCUUCUAACGCCCGAAGAAGGAGCUUCACUGUUUUGGUGGGAAAGUUUUAGUGCGAUUUUGGUUGGCAAAUUGAUUUCUCGGAAAUAUGGGAAAAAGAGUGAAAUCCCGCAACUCGCGGCGGCUUUCCUUGGCCAAAAGUCCCACUGCCGGAGGGACGAAAAAAGCGGCGACGAAAAUGAAUCCGGAGAAACCGGGAGGAGGACCGGCGGCAGCGGCGGAAAUCGAUGUCGAAGAGAUGCUGGAAUCCAGCGUAAUAUUCACCAACGACGGGAGCAGUCGAACGCGCAGCGGUCUCAGGAAUGGGGAAUCCGUCCAAAAGACACCCACCCGUAGCCGAGUCCCGGGAAUUGGACAGAAAGAAUUAGAAGUUUCAGUCGUGGGAAACGGAAGUAUCGACACGAAAUCACAUCCUAUCUUGACUCGUUCGCUUCGAGUGAGGAUUAAGGAAAUAAAUCCGGAGAUGCAUGUUCGUAAAACCAAGACUACCGAACCGCUUGUUGAAUCCAAUCUUAUCAAUGAUCAGAUGACACUGGUGCUAAACAAGAUUGAUGAACCGGCAACGGAAUCACCAGUUUCUUCCGACAAACCUGACACACCUGAGGAAGAUUCGGCGGUUAAUUCGGAACUCGAACCUGUUAGCUCGGUAGAGCAAAUUAGUGUCAGUGAGUUGGUGGAUUCUUCGCCGUCCACAAAAUCCACAACAGCAGAGAUUGAGGAUGGUUUGAAGUCGCCGCAGAGGUCGAAAUAUCUGCUGAAGCAAUUGGAAAGCUCCCUGAGUCCAAAGUAUAUGAAUCCGAACAAAAUGAGCACGGGAGUGCCCAAAAGUCGAUACGGCCGAAUACAAAAACAAAAAGAAAAUAGCGAUUAUAUCCCUUUGGAUGUUGCGAAAUUUAUUACCAAAUCUCCCGCUAAGACUAAGGCGAUCAAAACGAAACUUGAAAUUGAGCCACUACUUGAACACACAGAGCUACCUCAGGAAGAAACCAUGGUAAUGUCGACAGCAAUUGAGACGACAGAGCCUCCUCCAGAAAGCACAGAUCCACCACCAAUUCAAGUUGAUUCCAUACAGCCUCCGGAAGAAAUAAUCCAGCCAUCCCUUGAACCCCAGCCGGAACCUGAAGAGCUCUGUGUCACAACGGAACCAUCUCCACCGAUUGAGCUUUCUGAUCCAUCGAGCUGUGUGGAAAUGCUGCAGGAGGAACCUGUACUUUCCAGUGAAUCCGAUGCAAACACCUCACUAAUCCCAAUGAUGGAUCCCAACGCAAGUCUCAUAGGGAUCGACGAAAUUCAAAUCAUCGACAUGGAUGCAAGUUUUGGAGAAAGUAUAAUUUCCGCCACCUCAAGCGCACCUGUAGCCGAAGAAGUUAUCGAACUUCCCAAAAAUCCCGAGGAACCUUCUUCAGCUGCCGUUGUCGAACGUCCGCCUUCCGUGUUGGAAGACAACACCGAUCCCGUCGAGUAUCAAUCAGGGCAGUUGCUGUGGGCUGCAUUUAACGCCAAAACGCCUCACUGGCCGUGCAUGCUAAGCCCCGAUCCAGAAAGUGGUCAAAUAACGAAGCCAUUCCUCUCAAAGCUUUCCCACACAAAGCAUAUGCUGCACGUGAAGUUCUUCGCCGAUAACGGUCGUCGAGCUUGGAUUAAGGAAAACCAGGUCCUUCCGUACGGCACCGUUGAUCAGUACAAAGCAAUCGUGGACAAACAGUUCCCAUCGCUUCGACACAAGCUGGUGAAACUCGAACAACGCGGAAUAUGGCUAGAAGCCGUUCGUCAAGCGAAUGACACCCUGAGCCAUCAAAUCGAGGACAGGGAAAAACGCUACCAGGAACUGCUGGAUGAGGAUCACGCCAAAGCGAAGUCAACUGUCCGCAGGAGAACCAAGAGCGUUUCCCUUGGCUAUCACAGCAAUAGCUUCGAAGAAUCGUACGAAUCUGGCCGAAAGCGACAACGAUCUCGUACUCCGGAAAGCCCCGCCUACGAGGCUCUCCCUCUAUCUUCAAACAGCACCGAAAGCCUGUCUAAGCGUAUCAAGCUCGAAACGAACGAGCAGGAUCUUUUCCGCAAUACCAUCUCGCGCUACUUCCAGUCCAUGGCGGAAGGAAGCGACGUGGUCGACACAGCUAGUGGCACAAGCAGCGAGUGUGAAGAUAUCACCGAAAUGCUGGAAUUCGACAAGGAAAUCUACAACAACUUCCUGAACAUGAGCCGCCUGUAUGUGUUCGAAGGUCAGACGGAGACCGAGGUCGACAAAAAGCUGCAAAAGUACGUGCAGAAAAUUUGCGCCCUUCGGAUGCACUCCAUAGCGAAUGGGGCGAGGCUGUCGAGUCGAUUGCGUACGCAGGCUUUGCGGAAGCUUGGAAGGGAGCUGGGAAUCGACAGGGAGAAGAAAGAAAGCUCGCCGGGUUCGGCAGCGACGACACCGGUCGCGGAGGUAAAGCCCAAAAAGAAGCAGAUGUCCUUGGAGGAUCGGUUCAUCUUCGAGCUGGACAAGAACUACUUACUGAAAGGCGUGCCGAGGGGACUCGUUUGCGCGGUCUGCACCAAACCCCACGAUUUGGUCAAAUGUACAAAAUGCUACAAUCACUACCAUCUAGCCUGCCUCACGGACGUCCCGAUCAAGCCGGAUCCCGCUGGUGAAAACAAGACGUUCACAUGCACGGAUUGCGUCAUGCUAAAAGCGCCCACCUGUUUUGUGUGCAACGAUCAGGACGAUGCAGUCAAGGAGGAGGAAAAAUUCCGCUGCAUCAUGAACGGCUGCGGCAAGCAGUACCAUCUGAAUUGUCUCCGAUUGUUCCCACAGCACAAGUUCACUGGAACGUCCAGUAAGUCUAGCACGCUGUACUGCCCAACUCACACCUGCCAUACGUGCGUCUCGGACGAUCCCCGCUCGAACGCAACCACCACCAAAGGUCACCUGAUCCGCUGCAUCAAAUGUCCAUCGUCGUACCACACGGAGGCCAGAUGCAUUCCGGCUGGUUCGCAGAUUAUCACUAACGGAGCGAUGAUCUGCCCGAAGCAUGAUCUGGAACAGUGUUCGAUCAACGUCAACUGGUGCUUCCUGUGCUGCAAAGGCGGGAGUCUCAUUUGCUGCGAAACCUGUCCGACUGCCUUCCAUCUGGAGUGUCUUAAAUUUAACCCACCAGAAGGUAGAUACAUCUGCGAGGAAUGCGAAUCCGGUCGAAUGCCCCUGUAUAACGAGAUCGUGUGGGCAAGGUAUGGGCUUUUUCGAUUUUGGCCCGCCAUUACCGUGCCGCCCCCCAAGGUUCCGGAAAACAUCGAACAAAAGCCCCACAAUCCGUGGGAUAUUUGCAUUCGGUUUUUCGGAACGAACGAUUACGUUUGGAUCAAUCGGCGGAGGAUUUAUCUGUAUCAAGAGGGCGAUUCGGAUACGAAUGUGGACAAAAAGACCACCCUUGCCAAGCGGUACGGAUUAGCUCUGGAGGAAGCCAAAACGGUGCACGGAAUGCUUCUGGCGAAAAAGGCCACCGAACUCCAACCUGAUGGAGACGAUGGCGGUUUCAAGCCUCCCAUGUUUGUCAAAAUCAAGAGUAAUCGAUAUGUACCACCGCUUAAAGCGCCCAAGGACGAAAUGGAUGGCAAUGUGUGUGUCUGCAAGGCGACAGACUCUGACCCAUGCGGGCCGGAUUCCAAUUGCAUCAACCGAGCGCUGAUGGUGGAGUGCAAUCCGAAGUCGUGUCCCGCUGGCGAGCUCUGUCAGAAUCAAUGUUUCGAAAAGAGGCAGUACCCUUCGUUGGCUGCUCGGCGGAUACCGCAGAAGGGUUGGGGACUGGUCGCACAGGAGGACAUCCGACAGGGUCAGUUUGUGAUCGAGUACGUCGGCGAGGUCAUUAGCAACGAAGAGCUGGAGCGACGGUUGCAGCACAAGGUGGCCCAGAAGGACGAGAAUUACUAUUUUCUAACGGUGGAUUCCGAGCUGACCAUUGACGCGGGUCCCAAGGGCAAUUUGGCGCGGUUCAUUAACCACUCGUGCGAGCCAAACUGCGAAACGAUGCUGUGGACGGUGGGCGGCGCGCAAUCUGUUGGGUUGUUUGCAAUCAAGGACAUUAAAGCGGGUGAGGAGCUAACCUUCAACUACAAUUUCGAGAGCAAAAGCGACGAAAAGAAAGUCUGCCACUGCAACGCGAGCAAGUGUUCCGGAUUUAUCGGACAAAAGUACCGACCACCGCUGGAGAGUGCGUCGGGCAGCGCCAGCACAGGCAAACGACGCAAGUCGGACAAGAAAGGGAAAGCUUCGAAGCGACGAAAAUCCGCGGUGGCUGAUAAGAGACGUAAAAGCACCGUGGACAAGACGACAAAGGAUGAAACACCAAAUGGUAGCAAACGCAAGAAGCGGACAUCAAUGCCAGUGGAUGUCACGAUUAAGGCCGAACCAAUGGAAUCCACGGAGGAGGCGACCCAAAGCAGUAACGGAACCGACGACAUGCCAAAUGCGAACAGCGAUACACCAAGCCAAGGUGGUGAAACAGCCAUCAAAGAAGAACAGCAAUCUACGCCGGAAUCGGCCGAAUGAGAAAGCAUUGUAUACCGAUGACCUAACGCUGGCGGGACCAAACUCCAUUUUAGACACUGUAAACCGAAUCGUACGAGUAUUAGUACUAGAAAAAGCACAAGAGUGCCUUUAUUUUGUAACCAGAUAUUUAUUACACGUUUAGAGAAAAAUACAUCACGAUAAAUGGAAAAAUAUUUCGAAAAAUAGUUCCAAACCGAAGAGUAUGUAUAUUUUCUUAUCGAUAUUUAGCACUGCUUUAAACGCUGUAGAAGAAAUAGUGUUAACAAGUAAUUGAUUGAAUAUAUUUUGUAAAUUGUUCAUUGAAGCAGAAAACCGAUCGUCCAGUGGAAUAAAUAGUUAAAAAUCAAGAACGCGUAUUCGAAUUUGAGUGCACUAGUUAGGGUAGGUAACUACGGCAAUUGCCGUUUUUAGAGACAAAGGUUAAACAACAAGCAUAAAACGGUAGUAUCCUACGUCAAUUGUUGCGAUUAAAGUUCUUCGAAGUUUAUACCCUCGAAUUGAUGGCUGUUAAUGUUUUUGUUUCCGAUAGAAAUGUUUCUACUUAAAUGUUGAAAUUAGUUCAUUAUCUCGAUCGAAAUGAAGAUGCAGAAAGAGAAGAACACUCAGGAAGUCUACUAGCGGUAUGUGGAAUUUUUAGAAAAGACUGUCAUCAGUGAGCGCGAACGGCGCAAAAAAGUUGUUUGGUCAUCUAUAUUUUAAAAUUCGUCUCCGAUAAUAGUGCGAUGUAGUUGUAAUAAAGUGUGUCCAUUGGGUGUAAUUGAUAGAAUGUCUACUUGGAAUUAUUUUAAGUGUUUGGCGAAUAAAGCGAAUGUUACGAAAUAUACGGAUGAGUACUGAAA